UGCGGAGAAUUUUGCUCCUGAAAUUGCAUAUAAAGUCGGGUAAUUCCUAUGCGAUACGCAAAUUGUACUUGUUAUUCAAUAUAAAAUUUCGCAGCGGAAAAGUAAAUAAAAAAGUAAUAAUGUGUCGGUCAAUCCUUCUGACUGUACUUUUCCUGUUCAACUCAGCACAGUUUGGGAUUGGGCUCGACACAACCGGGCCAAGUGAUGACCCGAUCGCAGUGAAUCCGGCAACUCUACCCGGCGGAACCAUAACUAUUGAGUUUCAGCCUGGUCCAUUCUUUCAAGAUUUCAGACCCCCAUUUCCAACAAACGCUUGGUGGUCAGGUCUCACUUUAGGAUGGCAAUCCAACGUACUUGCUGGCCCAUUUCCAUUCAUGUCCAAAACCGAAAAUGAGGGUUUCCAAUUUGGAGUACCCGAGGCUCGUCGCUUUGACGGUAUAACUAUUCAUCAAGAUCCUUCAAUCGACUGGCAAGCCGGUUUUACAGGGAUACUUGAUGAUAUUGCUGCAAGGAAAGCUACUUAUUGGGAUACCCAAACAAUAUGUUUAGUGUACUUUAAUGGAGGAGUGGCUCAGAUGAAUACUUGCCUUGUACCUGGAUCUCCAUACUUGACCUUUAAAUACACAAAUGCAGCUCCUGAAUUUACAUCCUUAAUGGGUCCUAUAACGGAUGUAGUUUGGGUUACCACAGGGUUUAAGGUCAAGGUAACCACGGUAGUUGGAACUUACUUAUUUUACGCGCUAGAUGGGGAUCUCAAUCUGGAACUCGCCAUCGAUGACACAAGCUUGAUAUCACCACAACCUUACACUGGAACAAUCCGGGUUGCAAAAGUUAUUAGUACCGAACCAACCCAAGAGGCCAUACUCGAUACACAUGUAGGAUCUGUGCCAUACGGCGUAGUUAUGGAUUACCGUGUUGACGGAGACAUCAGCACUCAAACGUGGACGUGGCAGUUGGAGCGGGGGAAUCCCGAGGAUUUGCUGAUUUUGUCCUGGCCUCACCACAGAAAGGUUCUUGUAAACCCAAACUAUAUGCCAAUUGAGUACAUGACCAUCAAAGGUAAAAUGAGGGGUGUACGCGGUAAUGUAUGGACACAACGCCACAAUUUACCUACAAUCAAAUGGUUUACUCCAAAUGCCCCACAUCCUUCUUGCAUAAACGAAUUAAACAGGACAUUACAAAUUGAAGUGGACAACCCCACCCUAGGCAUCCCAGGGAAUUACUACUUUUGGGGAGGUGAAUUUGCAAGAGCUGCUCAACUCGCAACAAUAGCAGAACAUAUUGGUCGACUCGACUUGAUUCCAAAGAUUCUGGACACGAUGAAGAUUGUAGAGCACAUCUUUGACCCAGCCCACCCUGAGCUACUGGCAUACGAAACUGGUUGGGGUGGUAUUGUGGACCGAGAAGAUAUAAAUUCACACAUGUUCAACGAUCAUCAUUUCACUUAUGCGUAUAGCUUGCAUGGGGCCGCUGUAAUGGGGAAGUAUGAUCCGGAAUGGUUGAAUCAACAUAAGGAUUUCUUUUUGCAUCUGGCGAGAAGCAUUGCAAAUCCAUCACCCAACGACCCCCAUUACACCGUAACUCGUCACAUGGAUUUCUUUCAUGGACAUUCCUGGGCAUCUGGCUUAGGAAACUCGGCUGGGGCACGAGCUCAAGAAUCUAGCAGUGAAGCAAUAAAUGCAUACUACAGUCUUGCUCUAUUCGCUGAAGCAAUUGGUGAUCAACACCUCUUGGACUAUUCACGACUGCUGUUAGCUAUCGAGCUUGCCGGAGCUAUUCAAUAUUGGCAUUUAUACCCAGCUGAAGAUGAUCCAGAUACACCCUACCCAGAGCAAGAUUUUAGAAAUUUAGUAUCAGUUGGAAACUUGUUGGAUGCAUCGGUUGGUGCUUGGCUGUAUUGGGGCGGGCAACGUAUUCAGAUAGCUGCUAUUCAGCUUCUCCCUCUGACCCCUAUUGGACAGGAUUAUUUUGAUGUACCAUGGAUGGAGAAAAUGCUCGAGUAUUGCAUGGAGGAAAUUGAAGACUUGUCUAUUGGCGAUUCGUUCAAGUCAGUAAUUGUUGCUGCCUAUGCCACCGUUAAUCCCCAAAGAGCUUAUGUUCUUUCACAAGAGAUUGCCGAUUGGGGAGGUGGUAACUCGUGGACAAAUUCCUUGUACUUUAUUUCGUCGCAAUCAUUCACCAAUGAUAUCUGUACAGAAGCAGGCCAAACUCCAGAAGGCCUUUUCGUAAUUCUGGACGUCAUGAGUGGGAAAUAUGUUACACUCGGAACUGACUCAAAAUUGACAGCAGUUGGAGGGGCUAACGUUCUAGCAAGUAAAUUCAGGCUGGCAUUUAAACCCGGUGGCGGGACCCUUCAAGCGCUUAACAAUAAUAAAUACGUGACCGCGGAUAGUAGUGGCACUUCUGCUCUUGCCGCUACCAAGGAUACUGCGUCUAUGUAUGAGCUGUUUAGAUGGUAUCCACAACCUGACGAAACAUAUCAGCUAAGAGCUUUGUCUAACAAAGGAUUUGUCGGUACUGCCGCUGACAGACAACUAACAAAUAACGGGAUCGCAAGCAAGUACAUAUUGGUCCGUGUUGACGACGCACCCCUUGCACCACCACCUGCUCGAGGGAAAUUGCGUAAUAGUAACAGCAACAGCUUCGUUCGGGCAAUUGCGUCAGAUCCAACUCUCCGAGUUGGUAAUGCCGAGCCGGAUGCAACCAUUUGGUCAACAGAACGCGUAGAAGAUUCUCCAGAUGCAGCACCACUCUAUACCAUUCGCAGUACGACAACGGACCUAUUUGUUACGGCGGACCCAACUGGAGCCAGUCCCUUAACAGCAACUAACGGUGGCGCCGGGGCUUGGGAAUAUUUCCAGUUUAUUCCCUACAAUAAUGAGGUGUACAUCAUAAUACACGUCAUCUCUGGGAAUGCAGUUGCUGCUCAACCCGAUGGAACACUUGUCGAUAAUACUUUAGAUAUUGAUUUAGCUGUUCAAUGGGCAAUAUUGUGAGUAAAUUUAUUGACGUUACAAACAUAAUUUGACGAAAUAAAGUAAGUGUAUAAUUGUGAUUUGUGCAAAAGUAGGAUGGGACAUUUUGCUAUGAUUAUUCGUUAAUUUGGAACUUCUAAAUAGAGGUGUUAGCGACUUUUUGCUAAGUGUUUAAAGGGUUUAACCGUAUUUAAUUUCGUUCUGAGUCGAAAGACGAUUAAAUUCCUAUGAAGAAACUAUAUUAUGCUUCAACACAGUAAUAAUAAACCAUACAACAACAACAAGA